UUAAUACUUAACUGCUACGGAAAAAGUUAAGGGAGAUUAUAGAGCCGACGAAGAACAAAGACGCGGCGACGAGAGAGUAAUAGGAGAAGAAGAAGAAGAAGUAAUAUGAAUGCGCCUCCGGAGAACGAAGUUUGUUCGAUAUGCCAUGGCCACUUCAUCGCUCCUUGUCAAGCCAAUUGCUCCCACUGGUUCUGCGUCAUUGUAGGAAACUGCAUUAUGCUUGUUUGGAGGCAUGGAUCUACAUUACGGCCAUGCAAAUGUCCCUUGUGUCGUCGUCCGAUUAGCUUGUUAGUUCCUUCUGAGGAAACAGUGAGAGUUCGGAAUGAUGCUACAGUUUCCGAUGUUCUUCACGAUGUUGAAACAUACAACCGAGUCUUUGGUGGACAGUCAAGUAGUCUUGUUCAGAGGAUGCAAGAUCUUCCCUUCUUACUCCGAAGGUUGUUGCGAGAAAUUAUGGAUCCACGAAGAACGCUUCCAUUCGUCAUCAGAGCUCGUGUUUAUAUUGCGAUGAUACUAAGUGCGAUUUACAUAAUCAGUCCAAUCGAUAUCAUUCCUGAAGGAGUAUUGGGGGUUAUCGGUUUACUAGAUGAUCUACUGAUAGCCCUGAUUUUCUUCCUCUAUGUUGCUGCUCUUUACCGAUCUGUUCUCUAUUUCCGUCAUGGUGGUUCAUGAGUCGCUUUGAAGUUUUCACAUCAUGAAUCAUCAUAGUUGAACAACUAAGUGACUUGGUUACUUGUUUGGACCUUGCUUUCUUUUAUUCAUGGUUUUGACUUUUGACUGUUAGACUUAAGGUAACUUGAUUUUGAUGGGUAAACAAAGACGUUUCUUUA